UCUCUCUCUCUCUCUCUCUCUCUCUCCACUCGUCUGUUUUCUUCUUCCUCCCUUGGCCCCUGCCCUGUCUCUUCCCUCAAAUUCCAAACAGAACACAAAACUUCACACUCACAGACUGGAUCCAUAACUUUUCCAUCAACAUGUCGAAGGUAUUUAAGAAGACCAGCGGCAAUGGACAUAUUUCCCUGUACUUGGGGAAGAGAGACUUUGUGGACCAUGUGGAUUCAGUGGAAAUAGUUGAUGGGGUCAUUAAAGUGGACCCUGCUGGUCUUGAGGGCAAAAAAGUAUUUGUCUACCUUGCUUGUGCCUUCCGCUAUGGAAGCGAAGAGUUGGAUGUCAUUGGGCUGUCCUUCAGGAGAGACAUCUGGAUACAGCGCGUUCAGGUGUAUCCACCCACCGGUGACACCACAGCCAAAACACCCAUGCAGGAAUCCCUCAUGAAGAAAGUUGGAGAGCAAGGAUGUCCCUUUACCUUCCAGAUGCCAACAGAUCUCCCCUGCUCCGUUGCCUUGCAGCCUGGGCCAAAUGAUGCUGGGAAGGCCUGUGGUGUGGACUUUGAGGUUAAAGGAUACAUUGCCAACGCAGCUAACAAUCCAGACGAGGUCAUUGAAAAGAAGGACACUUGCCGUCUGAUGAUUCGUAAAAUACAGUUUGCACCAGCUAACAACAAGCCAGGACCCAAGGCUGAAAUAUCCAAACAGUUCAUGAUGACUGACAAACCAGUUAACUUGGAGGCCUCCCUUGAAAAAGAGAUUUAUUACCAUGGAGAUCCAAUCUCGGUCAAAGUAAAAGUCAACAAUGAAACCACUAAGGUUGUGAAAAAAAUCCAAGUCUCAGUUGAACAGUUAACAAAUGUGGUCCUCUACUCAUCUGACACUUACGCCAAGCCAGUCUGCACUGAGGAGUUUGGGGAGACAAUAAAUGCCAACUCUACACUGGAGAAGACCUUCCAAAUAACUCCCCUGCUGUCCAGCAGCAAAGAGAAGCGGGGCAUUUCAGUGGAUGGGCGGCUAAAAGAUGAAGACACUCACCUUGCCUCUACAACUCUGAGUCAGGGAGAAAAGGACAUGCAGGGAAUAAUUGUCUCGUACAAAGUCAAGGUCAACCUAAUUGUGUCCGGUGGAGGCCUGCUGGGUGGCCUGACAUCAAGUGAUGUCACUGUGGAGCUUCCUCUGACUCUGAUGUCCCCAAAACCUGCAGAACAUUGGAUUAAAGGUCUCUUUAGUUCAGGUGACAUCACAUCCAAUUCAGUACGUUUGCUUUUUCAAGGGCCUCAACGUGCAUCAUUUCUAUGAAAUACAUACCUGAUUGAAACACUGCCAUGUUAGAUCUAGCUCGUGACACAUAUCGCCUGUAUGUUCGAGAGGUUGUUAGAUGUGAUGGACCUUGAAUGAGUGCACCGUUUCACGCUGUAACCCAAUAUUGUUCUUAGUAAGAAUCUCCAGUAGCUACAAAUAGCAGCAUGCAUACUUAUUGAUUGCUGUUGCUACAAAUAUGCAUUUCAUAAAUAGUCCACAUUAUCCAUAGUCUAAAAUGAUCAUCUGCAUCAUGUAAUAAAGCUCCUUUUUCAUGUUACCUGUUUUACCCUUGGCUUCAUUUAAAAUUUGAUCAAAUUAACUGCACGAGUUACCUCGGUGUAAUGUUGGACUUACAGAAUCAGUUGUUUCAUGGCAACAGGACAGACAUCGCAAUUGAGUCCAUGGAGGGAUGAGAUGAACGGCGAAGGAAAAUCACGUCUCUGACAGAGAACACAGAACACAAAGGAACUCAACACCAAUGAAGAGAAUCACUGUGUCACUGAGUUAUUACAAAGAUCUUAUUCCCCUUGCAUAUAUACAUUUUUAUUAGGAGAGCUCUAUCACUGAAAAGGACUCAUAACUAAAUUUCUCCGAAUGCCAUCAGAGCUGAGAAAUAAAUGUGUUGUGCAUUUUUUUUCUUUUUGUCAGGAAAAAUAUCCCAUAGCAUACAGUAGAUAUUAGACUUUUCUCCCAAUAUGUCAUGAAUACUGAUGAUGCAGAGCUUCAUUUAUUCUUUAUCGCUGUGUCAUUAGAGCCAUGAAAUAUUAAGACUGAAUGUGCAGAUGAAUAUCCCACAAAUAUUAAAAACGUGUCAUUUUUUACACACAAGAGAAGGAAAUAAAAACACAUCGAUCCCCAA